UUAAGGAUUGAUUGAUUUGGCAUUCUUUAUUAGGUAUAAAUGUCUUGCUACUUUAUCAUUGAUAUCCUUGAACUGGUAUGGAAACCAGAUGGAAAAGAAUCUGUGGAAGACGAAGAUCGUAUUGUUGUAGAUGUGCGUGAUGUGGCCGAUGCAAUCCUCCUGGCAUAUGAAAAGCCUGAAGCAGAGGGGAGAUAUAUAUGUUCAUCACAUACGGUUCGAUCAAGGGCUUUGGUGGAAAUGUUGAAGGGCAUGUAUCCCAACUACAAUUACCCAAAAAGUUUUACUGAAGUAAAGCGGGAUGUGAAGAUUAGUUCCGAGAAGUUGCAGAAUUUGGGAUGGAAGUUUAGGCCAUUAGAAGAGACCAUUGUCGACGCUGUUAAGAACUAUGAGGAGAGUGGUUUGUUGGGUAAUGAAUAGCAACAUAUGUAUGUUGCAGAAAUGUAUCUGAUACAAGGUUGUCCAUACUGGGAGGUUCUUUUACAACGUGUUUAUCUUUCUCAA